AUGAUGUCUAAGUGCAAGUCCUGUUAGGAUGAAGGAUUUUUGACUUGUCCUCUUUGUUAAAAGAUAACAUACUGUUCUAAAAAAUGCAGGGACUACGAUUGGGCUAUUUCUCAUAAGUUCGAUUGCAAAUAAUCGCUUCCCAAAAGAAAUGUUUCUGAAUUCGAAAUUGUUAAUUAAGGCUCUUUGGGGAGAGGGAGUUUUGGCUGCGUAAAAUUAGCACGUGAUAGACAAACAGGUUUGUUGUAUGCAAUGAAGAUUGUAAUUUUUAAAGUAAAGUAGAUCGAGAAACAAGGUGUCUCUAUUGAAAACUUAAAGAGAGAAAUUAGAAUAUAGAAAAAGCUUUAGCAUCCUCAUGUUAUUUAAUUAUUUGAAUUUUUUGAAGAUGAUUAAAAUGUUUAUUUAAUCUUAGAAUAUGCAGAGAAUGGAUCAUUAUUUGGUUACUUGAGGAAAAGGAAAAUCUUAACUGAAAAUGAAUGUUUUGUUUAUUUUUUUUAAACCUGUUUGGGAAUAGAUUAUUUGCAUAAGAAAUAGAUCAUACAUCGAGAUUUAAAACCUGAAAAUCUUUUGCUUGAUAAGGAUGGCAAUAUCAAAAUUUGUGAUUUUGGUUGGUCAGCUGAAAUGAUGAUUACACAAACUAGAAAUACGUUUUGUGGUACCAUUGAUUACAUGACUCCUGAGAUGUUAGAGGAUAAACCUCACGAUUAAUCAUUGGAUAUGUGGUGUUUGGGUGUACUAUUGUAUGAAUUGAUACAUGGGGCUGCUCCUUUUAAAGGUCGAAAUGAUUUUGAAAAAUGCUAAAACAUUUUAAAAUAAGAAAAUUUUGAGAUUGUUGCUAGUGAUCAAGCGAAGGAUCUCAUUUUGGGAUUGAUUAAAAGAGACUCAAAACAAAGACUCACUAUGGAUUAAGUAUUUUCACAUCCUUGGAUGUUGAGGAUGGCCAAAGAGUAUAAUCUGGAUAUCAAAGAGUAUAUAUUCGAGGAGAAAAAGAAUUUGGACUAAUUAAGUAGCAGUUUGAGGCUGGAUACCAAGUUUUCAAAUAGAAAUACGACAACUACAAGGUUGUCAGGAUCAAAUUUUAUGAAGGAAUGCAAUUCCAUAGCUUUCUCUAUGUAUUCUGAUGAAAUGCAACCUCCAAUUUAAAAUAGAAUAACCAGAAGAACAGAUAAUUCUGGAAAAAAAGAAGGAGGGUUCUUUUAGACUCUAUUCUAAAAUUUUGGUUGCACUAGACGUAAUUGA